AUGAGUACAUUCGCAGCCACGGCAUUCCGCCGCACCGCACAAGCAAGCCGAGCACCUUCCUGGCAAGCUCGUGCUGCCAGAUUCACCAAGCAACAAGUCCGUUCAAUUGGCGACCAUGGCACCAAGCCGCCGCUUCCUCCAGGCACUCCUCAGCCUUCGAGAGUCGUCGCACCCAAGACGCGCCUCGCCGUCGGUGUCGUCUUUGUCGGUGCACUGAUCUACUCAAUGGCCACUGGAGAUGUAGAGCACACCGAGCCGCCAUCCAUUGCAGAGCGCGAUAGUCUCAGUAAGCGCGAAUCCGGCGUCACCCAGACGUCCCCCAUGCGUCUGAGAAUGGAACAAUUCAUAAAAACAAAGCAGGAGGAGAUCGUCCGCGAGCUUGAGAAGGUCGACGGCACCCGCUUCAAAGUCGACAAGUGGGACCGCCCCAAUGGCGGCGGCGGCAUCACCUGCGUUCUUCAAGACGGCAAUGUCUUUGAGAAAGGCGGCGUCAACACCAGCAUCGUCUACGGCACCCUGCCGCGCGCUGCCAUCAGCAAGAUGAGGGUCAACCACAAGGCUUUGGAUCCGGAUGUCGAGAGCUUGGAAUUCUUUGCUGCCGGUUUGAGUAUGGUCCUGCAUCCCAGCAACCCCAUGGCUCCUACCGUGCACCUGAACUAUCGCUACUUUGAAACUGCAAAUGCCGACGGCACCCCCAAUGCUUGGUGGUUCGGCGGCGGCACUGAUCUUACCCCUUCGUACUUGUUCGACGAAGAUGUCAUUCACUUCCACCGCACAAUCAAAGAUGCCUGUGAUGCUCAUGACAAGACCUACUAUGCUCGUUUCAAGGAGUGGUGCGACAAGUACUUUUAUGUUUCGCACCGUGGAGAGACACGUGGUGUCGGUGGCAUCUUCUUCGAUGACCUCGACGAGACUGAGAAGGACCAAGAGGCUCUCUUCUCCUUCUCUCAGUCAUGUCUCAAUGCUUUCCUGCCCUCAUACAUCCCCAUCAUCGAGAAGAGAAAGACUAUGCCCUUCACUGAAAAGGAGAAGGCAUGGCAACAAUUACGCAGAGGCCGCUACGUCGAAUUCAAUUUGGUGCACGACCGCGGCACCAGCUUUGGUCUCAACACCCCUGGCUCCAGAGUUGAGAGUAUCUUGAUGAGCUUGCCAUUGACUGCUCGCUGGCAAUACAUGCACGCACCCGAGAAGGGCUCGAGGGAAGAGCGCAUGCUGAGCGUCCUCAAGGAGCCCAAGGAGUGGGUAUAG